AUGAAAAAGCUUAUUCUCCUUUUCUCCCUGAUCUUGGCUCCAGCCUCUGUUUACACAGAAGAUUUCAAGACAAAACUAAAUCUUUCACCAAGCAAUAACAGUCAUAAACGAUUUAAGAGAGAAUGGAUCUGGAAUCAACUGCAUAUCAUGGAAGAGAUUAAUUCACCAUUACCACAUCAUGUUGGGAAGAUCACAUCAAGUUCAAGGAAUAAAAAUGCUAUGUAUGUUCUUGAGGGGGAAUAUGCCAACACCAUCUUUAAAGUCCGUGAAGACACCGGAGAUGUGUAUGCAUUUGAGAGGCUGGACCGAGAAAAGAAAUCAGAGUAUGAGCUGACAGCUCUCUUUAUUGACAGAACAACCAACAAAUCACUGGAGCCACCAUCCAGAUUUAUCAUCAAAGUCUAUGAUGUUAAUGAUAAUGUUCCUGUAUUUGUACAAAAAGUGUUCAAUGGUUCUGUCCCAGAAAUGUCACCAGUAGGAACUUCAGUCACCAAAGUGACAGCAGUGGAUGCUGAUGACCCAACAGUUGCAGGUCAUGCCACAGUCAUAUACCAAGUUAUUCAAGGAGAGCGCUAUUUCACAGUUGAUCAAUCUGGAGUGAUUUCUACAGCCACAGCUGAUUUAGACAGAGAGAGUCAGUCUACAUAUGAAAUUGUGGUUAAAGCAAAAGAUUCUCCAGGGCUUCACGGUGGGGAUUCAAGCACUGCUACAGUCAUCAUUACUUUGUCUGACAUCAAUGACAACUUCCCAACAUUUAAACAGCAAUCGUUCCACUUUAAAGUCCAUGAAAACGUUCGAGUAGGAAGUGACGUCGGCAGAUUGAAAGUAGAAGACAUUGAUGAGCCACAAAACAGAAAUACAAAGUACAAUUUUGUCAGAGGAGACUAUAGAGAUACCUUUGAAAUUAUACCAAAUGCAUUCACCAAUGAAGGAAAAAUUAGGCCAAAGAAGCCAUUGGACUAUGAAAAAAUAAAAGAGUACAAGUUUGACAUUGAAGCAACUGAUCCAACGGUUAAUAUGCGUUUCUUCAAGCCCGGUGAGCAAAAGAGCAUUGCGACCGUUACCAUUGAAGUUGUUGAUGUUGACGAGCCUCCCAUCUUCUCUCAGCCAUCCUAUGUUUAUGAAGUAAAAGAAAACUACCUCACAAAAAACCCACUUGGCAGAGUUUUGGCAGUAGAUCCUGAUGCAGCAAAACGGAAAAUUAGAUAUACCCUCCGAAGAUCCAGCCCUAGUGGGGACUAUGUCAAAGUAUCCAAUAGUGGAGAUAUCUUCAUCUCAAAGCAUCUGGACAGAGAAGCCAGCGCCUGGCAUAACCUAACCGUGGCAGCCCAAGAAAUCAUGGCAGACAAUAGACUGUCUGACAUAGAAUCACAUACACAAGUUUAUAUCCAGGUUCUUGAUGAAAAUGACAACGCUCCAGAAUUUGCUUAUCCUUAUGAGCCCAAAGUGUGUGAAAAUGCUGCACCGGGAAAGGUAAUAAUCAGGAUUUCAGCUACUGACAAGGAUGAAAUGUUGCCUGGCGUUAACUUCAAAUAUUCCCUGACCACGGAAGAUAGCAACUUCACAUUGGUUGACAAUCACGAUAACACAGCUAAUGUCACCGUCAAAUAUGGACAGUUUAAUCGUGAGCUGGUGAAAAUCCACUACCUACCUGUCAUCAUCUCAGACAAUGGCACGCCAGAGCUAAGCAGCACAAACACACUUUCCAUCAGUGUCUGCAAGUGUGAUGAGAAAGGAGAAUUCACUUUUUGUGAAGAAGCAGCUAAGCAAGUUGGAGUUAGCAUUCAGGCACUGGUGGCAAUUUUUAUCUGCAUCCUCACAAUCCUUGUAAUCACGUUGCUGAUCAUUCUGAGAAAGAGGCACAAGAAAGAGCUGACUGUACUCAGGAAGAAUGUGGCAGAGAUUCAUGAGCAGCUUGUCACCUAUGAUGAAGAAGGUGGUGGUGAAAUGGACACCACCAGCUACGAUGUGUCUGUGCUCAACUCUGUCCGCAAGAUUGGCAUGAACCUGGAGCCUGGGCCCUGCCUGUAUGCACAGGUCCGGAAGCCAACAGGAAAAGGAAAUUCUGGCACAGGGGAAAUGGAAAUUAUGAUUGAGGUGAAGAAGGAUGAAGCUGAUAAUGAUGGGGAUUUGCUGCCAUAUGACACUCUUCACAUUUAUGGCUAUGAAGGUGCUGAGUCCAUUGCAGAAUCUCUUAGUUCUUUGGAGUCAGGAUCCUCUGAUUCAGAUAUCGACUAUGACUUUCUAAAUGACUGGGGUCCCAGAUUUAAAAUGUUAGCUGAGCUUUACGGAUUGGAGCCAAAUGAAGAUUUUGUGUAUUAA